CGGGCGGGAGGGCGGCGGGGGGGGGCCCGGGCCCUCCUCAGGUGGAGCCGCCGCCGCCGCCGCGCCCGUGACCCCCCCCCGCGGCCCGGGCGGAACCGGGGGGGCCCUGCCCCCACCCGCCGCCAAACCCCUUCAAGAUGGACAUCGAAGACUGCAAUGGGCGAUCCUACAUCUCUGGGAUCUGCUCCUCCUGGAAGGUGAGCGGCUGCGUGCGCCCUGCCAGCAGCUCCGACCUGCACCCGCAGCCGGGGCUCCAGCGCUGCUUCCAAGGGGUUGGCUGCGAGAGCGCUCCGGGCUACCUCCAGCAAGGCAGUGGGGAUUCCUCCCUGGAGAAGGAGUUCAGCUCGGCCAUCGUGGGGCCCCCCAUGAGCACCCCCAACAGCCAGCACUCGUCCCCCAGCCGCUCGCUCAGUGCCAGCUCCAUCAAGGUGGAGAUGUACAGCGACGAGGAGGGCAGCCGCCUGCUGGCCCCCGACGAGCGGAUGCUGGACAAGGACGACAGCGUCAUCGUGGAGGAUUCCCUCUCGGAGCCCUUGGGCUACUGCGACGGCCCCGGCCAGGAGCCCCAUUCCCCCGGUGGCAUCCGCUUGCCCAAUGGCAAGUUGAAGUGUGACAUCUGCGGCAUGGUCUGCAUCGGCCCCAACGUGCUCAUGGUGCACAAGCGCAGCCACACGGGGGAAAGACCCUUCCAUUGCAACCAGUGCGGAGCCUCCUUCACCCAGAAGGGGAACCUCCUGCGCCACAUCAAGCUGCACUCCGGGGAGAAGCCCUUCAAGUGCCCCUUCUGCAACUACGCCUGUCGGAGGCGGGAUGCGCUCAGCGGGCACCUCCGGACGCACUCCGUCUCCUCCCCUACGGUGGGCAAGCCCUACAAGUGCAACUACUGCGGGCGCAGCUACAAGCAGCAGAGCACGCUGGAGGAGCACAAGGAGCGGUGCCACAGCUACCUGCAGAGCCUGCACCCGGAGCCGCCGGCCCUGCCCAGCCAGGCAGGGGAGGAGAUGAGGGAGCUGGAGAUGGUGCCGGAGGCGCUGCUGCAUCCCUCCUCCGAGCGGCCCAGCUUCAUCGACCGCCUGGCCAGCAGCCUCACCAAGAGGAAACGCUCCACGCCGCAGAAGUUCGUGGGGGAGAAGCAGAUGAGGUUCAGCCUCUCGGACCUCCCCUUCGACGUCAACCCCGGCUUCGAGAAGGACGUGGACAUGGUCCCAGCCCAUCACCCCCUGGACCCUGCCUACGGAGCCCCCUUAUCCCUGCUGGGGGGGGGGGAGCACCUCCGCGGCCUCCGCCUGCCCCCCACAAACUGCAUCUCGGAGGUGACCCCCGUCAUCAGCUCCGUGUACACCCAGCUCCAGGCGCUGCCGCCCCGGCUCGAGCUGCCGGGGGGCCGGGAGGCGGCCGAGGGCCACGAGGACGUGGGCGCCGCGGUGCCGGUGCCGGUGCUGUACCGGGGCCGGGAGCACAGCGGCUCCCCCCCCAACGGCUGCGCCGACUCCAGCGACACCGAGAGCAACCACGAGGAGCGGAGCUCGCAGGGGCCCGCGGGGAGCAGCCGCCAGAGCCCAGCUUACGCCAAAGAGGACCCCAAGGUGCCGGAGGGGCCCCCGGCCGCCCGCUCCACCCCGAGCUCUGCCAAAGAAGCCCUGAGGGUGCUCAAUGAGGAUGGGGAGCAGCUCCGGGCCUUCAAGUGCGAGCACUGCCGCAUCCUCUUCCUGGACCACGUCAUGUUCACCAUCCACAUGGGCUGCCACGGCUUCAGAGACCCUUUCGAGUGCAACAUCUGUGGCUACCACAGCCAGGACCGGUACGAGUUCUCCUCCCACAUCGUGAGGGGCGAGCACAAAGUUGGUUAAACCCCCCCCCCCAAUCCGUUAUCCCCAUCAUCCCCGUUAUCCCCAUCCCUUGGCUCUCGCUCAGCC